ACCAGCUUUAACAUGGCUUUCUAUUCAAAUGCAGUGACUCUUUUCCUUGUAUUCCUAUUGGUUUUGAUAUGUAUAAAGCUUUUAACCAGUCUUCCCAAAAAGCUUGCUUAUAGAUUUCCCCCUGGACCUACGCCUCUCCCUCUGAUUGGAAACUUGCACAUUCUUGAUAUAAAAAGACAAGAUUUUACAUUCAUGAAGCUGGCAAAAAAAUAUGGCAACUUCUUCACAUUCCAUAUGGGUCAAACAAAAGUAGUGGUGCUGGUUGGAUAUGAUGCUGUUAAAGAGGCUUUAGUGAACUCAAACUAUGAGUUUGGAAACAGAGGGGCGAUACCUGUUGCUGAUGCAUUCCAGCAUGGCCAAGGAGUACUGUUGUCCAAUGGGGAGGUCUGGAAGGUGACACGAAGAUUCACCUUGUCUAUUCUACGAGAUCUUGGUAUGGGGAAACGAUCUAUUGAGGGUAGAAUUAUUGAAGAGCUGCAGUUUCUAAGCGAGUUCAUCAAGUCUUUCAAUGGUGAACCCUUCCAGAAAAAUGUGUUUACUAACGCUCCUCCGAACAUCAUCUAUGGAAUGUUAUUUGGAAGACGUUUUGAUUACAGUAAUCCAACAUUUAAGAAGAUGGUGGGAUUGCUUGACGAUAUUGUCAUUCUCAUCGGUUCCACCCCUGCUCUGUUUUCUAAUGUUUUCCCAGCUCUGAAAUAUGUGCUGAGAACUCCCAGCAUUAUUUUAAACACCAUUGCUGAGCUCAAUGUUAUUUUGAAGAGACAGUUUGAAGAAGCAAAAAGCUCUUUGAGUGAAAAUGAUUCGACAACGUAUGUAGAAGCCUUCAUGCAGAAAGAUCUCAAUGAAAACAAAACAGAAGAAAAUGGGAAAAUAUUUCAUGAGAAGAACCUGCUGGCCUCCAUGUUCGAUCUCAUGCUGGGAGGUACAGAGACUACAUCGACUACCUUACAGUGGGGGUUCCUUCUCAUGAUGAAAUACCCUCAUAUACAAAAAAAAAUUCACGAAGAAAUUGACAAUGUGAUCGGAACUGAGCGCGUUCCACAGUGGGAUGACCAGAAGAACUUGCAAUACUGUUUGGCGGUGGUACACGAAAUUCAGCGAUUUAGUACCAUUUUUCAAUAUCUGCCACAUUCCACAUUAACAGACACCCACUUCAGAGGUUAUUUCAUCCCAAAGGGAACACAAGUUAUCCCACUUUUAACAUCAAUUCUUUAUGAUGAAACUCAAUGGGAGACACCAUACGAGUUCAAUCCCAAUCAUUUUCUUGACUUCAAUGGAAAGUUUUUGAAGAAAGAUGCAUUCUAUCCUUUUUCUAAAGGACGCCGGGUCUGUGCUGGAGAGAGCUUGGCCAGAAUGGAACUCUUCAUAUUCUUUACUGGUUUGCUCCAAAAGUUCACGUUCCACCCUCCACCAGGAGUAGACAAGUCAGAUCUGGACCUUACUCCAGAUGUUUUUUUCACCAUGAGACCAAAGCAUUAUACAAUUUGUGCCACACUGAGACAAUAGUAAGACAAAGGAAAAUAAAAAGAAUGAAGUACUUUUUAAUAAUGCCUGUGAGAAGCAGAUGACCCCCCUCCAAGAUCCUUGAUCUUAUCGAUAUGACAUUUUCUGCAUUUACUUUAAGGACCACUACAGUCACCAAGGCCACUUCAUCUCAAUAAAGUGACUGUGGUGCAGGGAUCCUAUCAAUUUUUUUUUUCAUGGUAUAUUUUUUUUUUGUAACAUUCUUUAUUUUGGUGGUGCAUAAGUUAGCAAACAUAUAUGUGAUUACAUUUCACAAGCUUAUAGGUAACAAUGCACGAGUUGAAAGAUAAUGGAAAAUGUAAGAAAACCGCAUUAUUAUUAUUAUUUUUUUAGCAUAAUAAAUGAGAAACAAGAAAAUAAAUAUGUCAGGGAAGUAGCAGUAGGGAAUAUUGCAAGCUGUAGAUACUUGCAUUAGGGUUAACUAUACCACUGGGUUGAAAAAUAAUAAUAAAAUAAGAGAUUAACUUAAGGCAAACAAAAACUCAAAGCACUAAAUGUAGGCAUAGAUCUCUGUGUUGGAAGCGGGUCUGCCUGAAGGGUUAACACACCAGUCAGAUUAACAGCCACUGGAGGUGUUUCCACCGCACAGAGUAAAACUUGGCCACGUGAAGCAGAAGACCUCACAGGAAAUAAUUGAUUAAUGCUUAGCUACGGAAAAGCCUGAUUGUGCGCGCAUGAACAUUAGGUCCCCAAUGCUCGUCUAUAAGGACCAUUGGACUAGAUCAUGUCGGAGGUAACCAUGCUUUCUCGAUGAUGUUGUGGGAGGAGGAAAGGUUAGCAGCACUUAUUCAGCCUUGGCAUUGGAAAAAGGUAAGUAAAUAGCUGCAUUGUAUUAUUUUUCAUGUGACCCACGAAGUGACCUAUCUAAAAAGGGACAGGGACACUAAAGCGCUAGGAAUACAGGUUUGUAUUCCUUUAAUCUUAAUCUACAAAUAGGCACAUAUAACACUUUAAUGAAAUUGUGCAGGAUUAAUAACCACUUAAGACAAAUGGCUAAAUAGCAUUUUCAGAUGAAUUUUGCAAAUUUACUCCAGCAACUUCAUCAAAAAUAUGACUGAUGGCUGUUAUGGAAACGUAUUUUACGUAAAGGGAUGCUAAGCACCCUAAGCAAUUCAUCUCUUAUUUUUGUGGUUAUAGUGCAUGGAAGUUAUAGGUCUAGUCCUUCCAGCAUUCCUUGUCUAGCACAUAUUAUAUAAAAGAGGGUGGUCAUCUGAGUGUCACUGCCAUUGAAGUCCUUCUUUAUUUCCAUUGUUGUAAGAAUGAUUAAGCUAGGUAAUUAUGUAAAUUUACAUCUAUUGUUUUAGUUGUGGCACUAUAAAUUGGAUGUUGGGUUGUUGGAGACUAUUCUUUGUGUUCAAUAAAGAAUCUUGGUUAUUCUUGC